AUGAGAACCAAAACAGAAAUCAAAGGCAAGCAAAUCAGACCAACGGCAACUUCGACUCGUCCGCGACGCUCUCGACGUCUCAAUCGACCUACCAUUCCAGUGCCGACUCUGACGCUCGCGCAAGUCAAGAAAAAGGCUCCAGAGUUUGCGGCCAAACACGGAAUCGAUCCAAAGAACAUUUACAUUCGCGGGCUCGCGACUACGGGUUUCUUUACUAUCAAAGCUUUGAAUAAGGGUUUAGACAAGUUGUACGACACGAUGGAAGAGUACCUGUCCAAUCGCGUGCGCGACACUGCUGAAUUGAAGGAAUUUUACAAAAAGAUCGAAUACCAACCAGCGUACUACAACGCAAACAGCGCGACCAUCAUUGAGAAGAAUCGAGAGUACAAAUUGCGCCAAAUGGCUCGCAUUCCGAUCGUCCCGCUUGAUGCGUGA